GGGCAAUUUCUUUGAAAUUGCCGUGGAUAGUGGGGAUCAUGUUACUCCCUCAAAGCAAUUUGAAAUUAUUGCAGUGACUAUUGAGACGAGACCUGCUCAAGCUUUCACAGAAAAAAUCAUUUACUAAUUUUCUCCUUUCUGCUUUGGGUGGUUCGCUAUCCUUGCAUCGUUUCCUGAUUUUCUCCUUUCUACCAAGAACAACCAUGGCAGAGAUAGUCCUUUCUACGUUACUCGGUGUCAUGUUUCAACGGCUGGCGUCUCCCGAUUUGCUGUCCUUUGUUCUCGGUGAAGGAGUUGGAGAAAAGAUGGACAAGUGUAGCAAAAUGUUAAGAAGAAUUGAGCCAGUCCUUGAUGAUGCGGAUGAGAAGCAGCAUACUCACCGGGCAGUAAAAUGUUGGUUGGAUAAAUUCAAAGACUUGGCUUACGAUAUGGAUGACAUACUGGAUGAGAUUGUCACGGAAGCAUUGCAACGGAAAUUGACGACAGAAAAUCAGGCGACCACAAGUAAGGUACGGGACCUCAUCCCUGCUUGUUGUACUGGUUUUAGUCCAAGUGCUGUUAAGGUCAACAUGAGGCUGGGGUCUAGGCUAGAUGAGAUCGCUGCUCGAUUCAAUGAAAUUUUGAAUGAAAAAUAUGAGCUGAGAUUGAGUGAAAAUGUUGAUAGGAGGUCACACAGAACAAGAGAGACAUUGUGGCCAACUUCUAUUGUGACCGAAGCUCGUGUUUAUGGCAGGGAAAAAGAUAAAGAAGCUGUACUUGAAUUUUUGCUGGGUGAAAAAUGUAGUGAUGCUCAACUCUCUGUAAUUUCUAUACUUGGUAUGGUGGGUAUAGGAAAGACAACUCUUGCCCAGCUUAUAUACAAUGAUGAAAAAGUGAAGAGAUUUUUUGAUGUGACAGCAUGGGCUUGUGUUUCUAUAGAUUUUGAUGUUGUUAGGGUGACAAAAGCAAUUUUACAAUCUUUCACCAGAGAAAACUGUGACGGUAAGGAUCUAAAUUGGUUGCAAGGCAAACUGAAGGAGAACCUAGAAGGGAAGAAGUUUCUAGUCAUAUUGGAUGAUCUUUGGAAUGAGAACUACCAAGACUGGACAAUCCUAUGUGCUCCUUUUGAAGCGGGGGCUCUAGGAAGUAUGAUUAUCAUCACAACUCGCAAUGAGAAUGUUGCAAGAAAAACAUGUACCAUUCCAGCUUACCAUUUAAAAGAGUUGUCAUAUGAUGAUUGCUUGUCUAUAUUUGCCAAUAAUGCAUUGGGUACAAGUGACUUCAGUACACAUCCCAACCUCAAAGAUAUUGGUGAGGGGAUCGUUAGAAGGUGCAAAGGCUCUCCUUUGCAAGCGAAAGUAUUUGGGGGCAUCUUACACAAUGAAGUGGGUUGUGAUAUUUGGGAAAAAGUAUUGAAGGCGAAUAUAUGGGAGAUACAUGAAGUGGAUUGUGAAAUUUUGUCAUCUCUUAUGUUGAGCUACAACUAUCUCCCUUCACAUUUAAAGAGAUGCUUUGAGUAUUGUUCAAUACUUCCCAAGGAUUACGCAUUUACGGAGGAGGAGGUGGUUCUAUUAUGGAUGGCAGAGGGUUUAAUUCAGCCAGGAGAAGAGACACAACAAUUGGAAGAAUUGGGUGCCGAGUAUUUUCGUAAUCUGCAGUUGAGGUCAUUUUUCCAACAUUCAUUCAAGGAUGAAUCACGAUUUUUAAUGUAUGACCUCUUCAACGAAUUGGCUGAAUGGGUUGCAGGAGAUAUAUGUUUUAAAAUGGAGGGUAGAGUUGGGGUUAAUAAUGAAAGGAACCCUUCUAGAAAGGUUCGGCAUUUAUCUUACUUGGGUGGUCAAUAUGAUGGCAUUCAAAAGUUUGAGGUUUUUAGUGAUCUCACAUGUUUACGAACUUUCCUGCCUCUAAUGUUUCCGAAUCUAGUGGGCUGUUACUUGACUAGUAAUGUUUCUCUUGAAUUGCUGCCAAAAUUACUAAGCAUAAGGGUGCUCUCUUUGAGUGGAUACUGCAUAUAUGAGCUACCAAAAUCAAUUGGUAAUAUGAAGCAUCUACGGUUCCUUAACCUUUCUCUCACAAAAAUCAGAAGCUUGCCUGAAUCAGUAGCCACUCUCUACAAUUUACAGACAUUGAUACUAGAGCAUUGUUAUUAUCUAAAGAAAUUACCUUCAAAGUUUGGAAACCUAGUCAACUUGCGACAUCUCAACAUUCUAGGAGCAAAUGCAUUGGAAGAAAUGCCUCCGCAAAUAGGUAAAUUAACAAGUCUUCAAUCAUUGUCUAAUCUAAUUGUGGGGAAAGGUAGUUGUUCUAGUGUAAAAGAGCUAGGGCCUUUGUUGCAUCUUCGAAAGACACUUUGCAUUUCAAGAUUGGAAAAUGUGACUAACUGUGAGGAUGCAAGGGACGCUAUGUUAAUUGAAAAGCACAAUCUCUAUGGGUUGUCAUUGGAAUGGAGUGACAACUUGGAUGAGUCACACGACAUAACAAGUGAAUUAGAGGUACUUAAUAUGUUACAACCUCACGCGGGUUUGAAAGAGCUCACUAUCAAACACUAUGGUUCUGCAAAAUUACCAACCUGGUUAAGCGUUCCAAAAUUUUUUAAUAUGGUGCUCUUGAAGAUUGAAAGUUGUGCAAAGUGCACGUCAUUGCCAGCAGUGGGCAUAUUACCAUCACUCAAAGACCUUUUCAUCAAAGGCAUGGCCGAUGUGAAAAAUAUUGGAUGUGAGUUUUAUGGGGAAGGUUGCUCUCAACCUUUUAAAUCCUUGGAGACUUUGCUUUUUGAGAAUAUGCAGGAAUGGGAGAGUUGGAAUCCUUGUGGAGAAUUUCCAAAACUACGCGAGCUUUCUAUUCGAACGUGUCCCAAACUAUUGGGUAAGUUACCAAACCACCUUCCUUCAUUAGAAAAUGUUGUGAUAGAUAGAUGUAGGCAGUUGGUGGUUUCAAUUUCUAGCUUUCCAGAGUCCUGCAAAGUAGAAAUUAAGAAUUCAAAAGGGGUGGUGUGUGGAAGUAAGGUUGAUUUCAGCUCACUAUGUUUCCGGUCUCUUUCAACAAUUUCAGAAUUUACAUGUCAAAUAGAAGGGUUUAUUAUGGAAGGACUAACAAACGUGAAAGAUUUAACGAUUGCACAUUGUGAGGAGCUGACGAAUUUGUGGUCAAAUGAUGUGGGAUUACUACAACAUCUCCCAUGUCUUGGCGUUUUGAAGAUUCGUGAUUGUUCCAAACUGGUUUCUUUGGUGGCAAAAGACGUGGAAGUUCCAUCCAAACUGAGAGAAAUCAAGAUCGAAAAUUGCAAGGUCCUGGAAUCUUUGCCCAAUGCAAUGAUGUACAACAGCACGCAUCUUCAGGAGAUUUGUAUUGGUUAUUGUCCUUCAUUGACGCACUUUGCAAUAGGGCAACUACCUCCAAUUCUUAAGCGGCUAAAGAUAUGGAGUUGCAAAAACAUGCUGAUUUUGGUGGAUGAUAUCAAUAGUUGCGGUAGCAACAUAUCUCUUCUUGAGUACUUGGAUAUUAGUUCUUGUCCAUCCCUCAAAUCCUUAACAUCAAGCGGAGAAUUACCUGCAACACUUAAAGACCUCAAAAUUUGGGAUUGUGAGAAGUUGGAGUCAAUAGCAAAGAGCUUCCAUCACAACUCAUCUCUUGAAUUAAUUGAUAUUUGGAGUUGUGAAAACCUUAAAUCCUUACCCAUGGGCAUGCACAACCUCAACCAUCUAGAUCAAAUUUAUAUUUGGGGAUGUCCAAAUCUUGUUUCCUUCCUGGACGGAGGGUUUCUCCCUGCCAACCUGAGAGAACUUACGAUUUUCAAGUGUAAGAAAAUGCAAGCUCUGCCGAAUUGCAUACACAACGUCACCUCUCUUCAACGAUUGAAAAUACAGGGCUGCCUAGGCAUUGUAGCUUUUCCCACCAACCUAACAUUUCUUUCUAUCCAUGAUAUGGCAUUUAAUGAGCCCUUUUUUGAGCUAGAAUUGCACAAGCUUACCUCUCUUAAACAACUUGAAAUUGAUGGUGGCUCCUCACAUCUGGUGUCGCUUUCAGGGAUGAUAAUGCCUCCCUCUCUAACUAGCCUCAAAAUUAAACACUUCCCGAUCCUGAAAUACCUGUCUUCCAAAGACUUUCAAUUCCUCACCUCUCUUGAAGAAUUGUGGAUUGAAAGGUGCACAAAUCUCACAUCUUUUCCAGAGGAUGGCCUCCCUCCCUCGCUCCUGCAACUUUGUAUCUUCUAUUGUCCUCUACUUAAAGAGCUAUGCAAGAAAGAUCAAGGACAAGAAUGGUUCAAAAUAGCCCGCAUCCCUUUCGUUAAGAUUGAUGGGAGGUUUAUCUAUGAACCAGAAGAAGAGAAUCAUUGAAUCCGAGUUUUGUUUAGAUGCAAGUCAAGUUUCAAGAAAUAAAUCCAAAGGAUCAUAGGUGUUUGUAAAAUGCCCAAGCAACCACAAAGAGAAAGGAGGCCUCCGUAUUUUGAGUUUUUCAUUACUAAUUGUCAUGUUGCUGGUCAUUACAGAUUUAACCAAUCAUUGGGACAUUCCAAAAAUAGGAGAAGAAGUAGAAGGGAUUAUCCUGACAUUGUAUCCCCAUGAACAGACGGAUCCGAAUUAUGUAUAUAAAAAGAUGAGGACUGAAGGCAUUAGCCUUGAUUUGGAGACGCCAUCGAUUGUGUUGGACAGCUUUGUUAGCACUCAUCACGUGUUGAAAGCGGUAGGAAUUUUUGGGAACCUAGAUGAGUUUGGAUUUAAAUGUGACAGUCUUUAAAUGUGCUUUUAAAAUGUCUCUGUCUGUGAUCCCAUGUUGCUGCUACAAAUUCAUUUUUGAAUUCAAUUGAAGGGAAGAUACCAUUUGAUAGUAUGACGUAAAAUAUCAUCGUCGGUGGGUGGUCGAAAUUUGGUAGAAUUAGCGGAAUCGAGAGUUUGUCAGAAGCAAUAUUAGCAGAUGGGUUUAGUCCGGAUUGCUUGACUUUCUGUUUUCUUAUACAGGGUUUAGGUUUUCUUAUACAGGGUUUAGGAAGGGCUUGUCGGAUUGAUGAUGCUGUUCAGGUUUUUGAGGGCAUGAGAGAGAAAGGUUGUGUGCCAGACACUGGAGCUUACAAUGCAAUGAUAUCUAACUUCAUAUCUGUUGGAAACUUUGAUGAAUCAGUACACGUCUGACCGAGGACUACUUGGGCAUCCUCAUCUAACGUCAAACAGAAACCAUAUCACUUAUUCCAUGAUCUUAGGCUACUAAGAUCACGGAGGGGCUAACAAACCCUAACCCUCUCAAAUAACAGCACGACAGAUAUUAAGGGAUAAGGGACCCGAGACGUACGGGGAAUCAAACUCCAUUCCAUGCCUAUAAAAUGCAAGUCACCUUUCAACACUAAGGCUCGACGCAUCCUCAGACACCACGACAUCACCCGGAAAGUGUGCCAUGUUGCUCCACGGAAAACUGUGCUUCAACAAAACUCGCGGAAGUGUGGCCUAACGAGAUAGACAAACCCAUAAUCUACGAGGAAUUCCCAGGUGAGAUUGCAGCUCUUGUUGAUAGUUUUGUUCAUCCCCAAUGUCCGGGCAGUGCGAUAGACGUCUUCUGGGGCAGUGUACGCAGGUAUCGUGGUAAAAUUGAGUUCCUUAGUUGAGUUACGAGGCACAGCAAGUUGUUUAUAUACUGCCAAGUACUCGUCGUCCUGACUCCUGCGCUGGAACAUGCCAGUGUCUUCAGAGGGUGUGAGAUGGAGCGGCCUCCCACAUUUAUUCUGUAUACCAUCUCGAGAGCAGUGCUGUUAUCGGUAAAAGCUCUACUGGCCGAUAAAGAAAACCCAUCAACGUCAGACGGAGUGUAACAGAGAUUGGAAGGCAUCGACAAUUGAGUAAUAAAUGUGACCCAGAUAUUUUUACUUUUACCUAAUUAAUUGCUGCUUUCCUUAAGGCCCGCAAAGUGGCAGAUGCACCUGAAAUGUUUGAUGAGAUGUUAGGUCGUGGGAUUGUUCCCAGUACAGGGACUAUAACUUCUUUCAUCGGACCUUUAUGCAGAUAUGGUUUGCCCAAUGCUGCCAUGAUGAUAAUAGAGCAAGAAAAGUUGGAUGAAGAAUAUCACUUGGUGCUUAUAAGCUAUUCCUUAUGUGGCUUUCUAGGUUUGGUAAAUGUGGAAUGUUGUUAAAUGUAUGGGACGAUAUGCAAGACUCUGGUUAUUAUUCAGAUAUGGAAGUUUACGAGUAUGUCAUCAACGGACUUUGCAACAUAGGGCAUCUUGAAAAUGCUGUACUUGUUAUGGGUGAGUAAGCUAUAGUUGAAGAUAAAAGAUGCUCGUCCUGAUGACAAUGCCAGGAGAUAUUGGCGUGCUAAUGGCUGGCACUUUUAAACUGGCAUGUUUGUCAGCAGCAAGUGCAGUUUGUUUAUCCCCUGCUUUGCUUUUCUUGCAGCCGGUUCCAUACUUGGAUGCUAUAUGAAAUAAUUAUUCUACCAAUGCUUGCAUGUAACCAUUGACGUUGGCACAAACAAUGAGCAGGUUUUGAAGGAUCAGUUUUACAUUGGGCUUAGGCAUAAGAGGGCAACCGGGCAGGAAUAUGCAGAGCUUCUAGAUGAGUUCUUGUGUGCAGUUAAACAGAACUAUGGGGAGAAAGUUCUAGUACAGUUUGAGGAUUUUGCUAACCAUAACGCAUUCGAGCUGCUGGCAUGAUAUCGCUCAACUCAUCUUGUCUUUAAUGAUGAUAUACAGGGUACAGCAUCUGUGGUAUUGGCGGGGAUUAUUGCAGCCCUGAAAUUAGUUGGUGGAACCUUAGCAGACCACACUUUCUUAUUCCUGGGUGCUGGAGAAGUGAGGCUCAAACACCAUUUGCCUUUGGAGUCUUUCGUCUUCUUUUUUUCAUUCUUUUUGUCUGUUUGUUUUUCUUGCACUGCUCAAAUUAAGGACAAUUUGAAAGUAAUAAUACAUUUUUUCUACACUUUGAUACAUC